GCCUUUGCAAUUUUCUUUGGGAAAAUUUUAUUUUUGCCACUCUAGAUUUUGCCAAUUUUCCUUAUGCCACUCUAGAUUUCGACAUCUCACUUUUGCCACUCUUAAAUUUUGACAACUAUCACAAACGCCAUUCUGUUAGGCAUCCGUGAGUUGACCGUUUAUCCUAGCAAGUUGACCAGACAAUGUGCUGUCAGUAUUUGCUAAAAAGACUGGUUGCCCCUGCUGACUUGUGGGCCCAUGUUGGAAGUGACCCAAACCUGUCCUAAUUAAGCUAACCCAAUUUCCCUUCUAAAGAGAACACCCACCCACACACACACCACACCCGACCCCAUCCCGCACCCGGCCCAUUGCCACAUGCGGCUCCCAUGGCCGCCGCCACCCAGCCCUCCGGCCGCCGCGUCCCCGUCCCGCCGAUCACCGCAAGGUGACGCACCCUCUGGCCUCCCCGACGACCUCUCUAGCCUCCUCGACGCCCACCUCCUUGACCCCCGCCUCCAAUGGCCACCACUACCUAGGGUUCUGGCCGCCGCCAUCCAGGGUUUCGGCCGCCGCCACCUAAGGUUCCGGCGUCCUCAAGGCCCCCUCCGGCCUCCCCGACGCAGCCUUCCCGACCCCCGCCUCCAAUGGCCGCCGCGAGCUAGGGUUCUGGCCUCCUCGACGCUCGUCGCCACCUAGGUCUCCAACCCCGACUCCCCUGUGCGACUCCUCCAGAGGUUCCUUCUCCAGCCUCCCUAGGCAACGCUCUCCCGCGGGAUGGAGGGAGCCGCAACUUCGGCCAUGGUGGCAGGAGCGGCCCAUCUGCUCGUUCCUCUCUCUGACGGGUCAAAUUUGCCUCCUUAUAAGCUGAUUGUGACAUAUGGGGCGCGCUCUUACAAGAAUUACAAGGUUGAACUGUGCACCGUGUCUUCUUGGAGCUGGGAUAUCCAUGUAGAGAGGCAGACUACUUACAAUCAACUUUUGGGUCUCCUGCAAAAUAAAUAUCCUUGGGGAAAUGAUGAGGGUGUUGUGCUUUCAAGCUGGAAUAGUAGCAGGAAAUAUUUUGUGCUAGUUCGCAACGAUGAAGAUGUGGUGAACAUGUAUGAUGGCAAUGAGGAAGACAAGAUUGUUAAGGUACUUGUCCAGUUCUGCAGGAAUGGCGAGGAGGAGGAGUUUGCUCACAGUUUGCUUCAACCAAUCCCACCUUCUUCUGCAGCAAAGGAAAUGUGCAAGCCCAUAGUGGAUGAUUUAACUCAAAAUUCUCACUACGAGUAUGAGAUACCCGAGGAGAACUUGACAAGCCAACAGAGAUCUAAAGAGGGCUAUGAAGGCUAUGAAGGAGAGGAUCAUGUAGGAAUAGAUGAGGAGAACCAGUACCUGAAGGCUUAGUCAUAUGCACAGAUGCGUGCAAAGGGUUGGAAACAGCAGUGCAUACAGUAUUCCCAACUGCUGAACAUAGGGAAUGCUUUAGGCAUAUGAUAAUGAACUUCAGAAAGAAAUUCCAUGGCAAGGUUUUUGAAGAAAAUCUAUGGCCAGCCGCAUACACAUAUUCUCCUGCCAAGCACAAUCACCACAUGAAGAAAAUUAUGGAAGCCAGCCCAGCAGCCAUCGCAUAUCUUGAUGAAUGGCAUUCUAAUUUGUGGAGCAGAAGUAAGUUCUCUACAACAUGCAAAUGUGAUUAUGAAAGGAUAAAGGAUAAAGUCAGCCCUUGAGAGUGUGUCCAAGAGAAAACACAAGUGCAAAGAAUGCAAAGAACUUGGGCAUAUGAUGAAGACAUGUCCUCUACUUUAUCCUAAAGGCAAGCCAAGAAAUAGG